AUGCGACACCUCACUCGGGCAGCAUUGCUGCUCUUCACCACCUUGACCGUCUUGGUCGCUGGCUGGUCGAAAGAGGACCACGAAAUCUUCCGCCUCCGCGAUGAGGUACAAAAAUCCGAAGGCCCCAAUGCCACUUUCUACUCCUUCCUCGCCAUCCCACCAUCCGCCAACAACGACGACAUCAACCGAGCCUACCGCAAACUCUCCCGCACCCUGCACCCCGACAAAGCCCGGAGCGCCUACAUCGCGUCCUACAAUGCUCCUCCGCCCAUCGCCAAGUCCAGCACGGACGGCAAAGCCUCGAAACCGAUCGUCAGCAAGAACAAGAAACCAUCCGAGUCGGAAUUGAAGAAGUUCCACCAAAAGGCUACAGCUCGAUUUGAAAGAUUGUCGCUUGUGACGAAUGUCCUGCGUGGGCCAGAGAGGUCGAGAUAUGAUCACUUUUUGAGGAAUGGCUUCCCUGCGUGGAGAGGGACGGGAUACUACUACGAGCGUUUCCGCCCUGGUUUGGGAACAGUUCUCAUCGGUCUGUUCAUCUUCGGUGGUGGAGCUGUUCACUACGCCGCUCUGUGGGUUGGAUGGAAACGGCAGCGGGAGUUUGUGGAGCGCUACAUUUCUCACGCACGGAGAAUGGCCUGGGGUCAGGACGGCUCUCUGAGCUCGAUUCCUGGGUUGGGAGGAGACACGAAUGGCUCUGCGUCACCUGCCGCCGGCAGUGGAGACGAGAGCAUGCAGUGGAACCGCAGACAAAAGCGCGAAAUGGAGAAGCAGAAGAAGAAGGAGGGUAAGCCGGGUUUCAAGAGUCCCAAGGCGGUGGAGAAGGCGAAGACGGAUGGUAUUUCCUCUCCUGUCGAGGCACCUGCCAGCCCUGUCGAUGGACCUGUGGGUGCGAAGAAGCGGACUGUGGCGGAGAAUGGAAAGGUGUUGAUCGUGGACUCCGUCGGCAAUGUGUUCCUGGAAGAGGAAACCGAGGAGGGUGAGAGGAAGAACUUCCUCCUCGACCCGGAAGAAGUCCCCGCGCCAACGAUCUACGAUACCGUCCUCGUCCGCCUUCCCGUGUUCCUGUACAACGUGUCUCUGGGCCGUGUAUUGGGUCGCCAAACAAGCGGCUAUGUUCUACAUGAGGUGCUCGAGGACGAGGAAGAGGAGGAAGAGCCGCAGGACGUGCAGACCUUGAGGAAAGCGGCGACACGCACAGGGCAUGAGAAUCAGGAUGCGAGAAGGCGGAAUAAGGCCAGGUAG